AUGCUCGAAGUACGUUUACCUGUGACAAAUAGACGAACUGGGAUAAAUAAUGUGACAAAAGAAGAAAUUAAGAGUGGUAUCCUGCUUACUCAUCUCACCGAUGAAACCUACCGCUUAGUACGUUACUUAGCGUACCCUAAAACGGUGGAAUCGUUAACUUACUACGAGCUAGUUCAAAUACUCAACAGCCAUUUCAAACCAAAGCAGUGCUCCUUCGUAGAUAAGGCCACCUUUUUUGGAGCGACUAGAAGUCCAGGAGAAUCACUAGGAGACUGGGCGGCGCGAUUAAGAGGGCUAGCAAGCUAUUGCGAAUUCGGCGACGCCCUGGAAACGAAUCUGAAAGAUCGUUUUGUCCUAGGCCUGGGCUCUGGCCCGGAACGCGACAAGCUGUUCGAGCAGAACCCGACAACACUUACGCUAACUAAGGCGAUUGAAAUAGGGGAACAAGCUGCUUGCGCAAGAGAGGUAAGGGUGAUGCUGAAUACGAGCGAUUUUGGGCUCAUCAAGGAAGAGCCUGUGUAUCGUGCAAAAAUUCACCAGUUCGCUCGGGGAAGCGGAGGUGACGGUACGCUAUUGCGUCACGAUACGCCAUGGGAGUGGGGCGAGCGUCAGAGGCGUAGCAUGGCGGCAGUGCGCCGCGAGCUGGCGUCCGAGCGCGUGCUAGUGCACUUCGAGCCCACAGCACAACUCGUACUGCAAUCCUCGGUCAUCGACCAUGUAGAGCAACCCGUUAAUACUGACGCAAUAGACCAUGAUAAUGGGGAAGAAUGGGGUGAUUAUUCGGCACAGGACAGCGUGGGAGACUCAACAGAGAUUCCGGAAGCGUCAGAUUCGCCUGAAGCUUCCGAAAACGGAGUCGAACAGCCUCAGAGCGAUUCUGUCCGCUCCAAUGACGUACCACCAGCGCAGGCACCGACACCCGCUCGUCAACUGCGCCCCCGGAAGAGGAUAGAUUAUAAGAAAUAUUUUAAAUGA